AUGUGUGAUCACCGUACGGAGAACUGCGAGUACACCUACACCGUCCGACAUCGUGUUACUCUCGCCGAAGUGGAGCAGUCCAAACGAGGUGGCCCUGCCGAGAUACUCGAAUCUCUUCGAACGCUUCCGCCAGAACAAGCCCUCGAGUUGUUUCGCAAGCUACGCAAUGAGACGCCCAGCCGUGCUUUGAACCUGGCACGCCCGUCCGACCAGCAACACCUCAGAGGGCUUCUGCCACCAACACAGAACAGCCUUGGGUUCGAACUGACCAUCCGACACCCUAUCGCAUAUCCCGCUCUGUUCCCGGUACCGUACACGGACUUGACUCUUGGAGUCUUACUUCAACCUGUGACGAAUUGCAGGUCUUCCAGGCAAGUCUCUCCUUUCGCGAGCCCGUACCUGACUCCCGAGCGAGAUGAGGAGCCCAAAUCUGGUCCUCCUGAUUCUCCGGGGACUGCGACGCCGAAACCACUCUUCGACGAACGAUUACGUCUUCUUGAUAUCACCAAGUGGACAAAUAUCCCCAUCCCGAACGACCUUGCCAUCAGUACUAUAUCGCACUAUCUUGACAUUGACUACCCUACGAUACCCCUUUUCGACGCCGACUUGUUUGUACGAGAUCUGGUUAACCUUCAACAUUUCUUUUGCUCUCCGUUUCUUGUCACUGCCGUCUUGAGUUGGGCGUGUCAAGCAUAUACGACCCUCCACGCCGAUGCCGCCGCUUUCAGUGUAGCUCUUUUCGCAGAAUCUCAGCAAUAUUUCUCCGAUCAACAGCAGCCAAAUAGCGUCACUACCAUUGCUGCACUACAAAUACUGAGCAUGUGCGCCGUGACGUACGGCAAAGACGACAUGAGUCUCCGGUUCCUGCAAGAGAGUGUCAAGCUGGGCAAGGCGAUGGGUCUCUUCAAUGUGCAAUCCGAAGCCGAAUCAGCUACCGUCUGGCUGGGCGGCCACGCGGAGUGGACGAGGGCGGUAUCGUACACUGCUUGGGGCAUGGUUGCUAAUGCAUGCAGGGUGUACUCCCUUCACUAUCGCGUCCACGAAAUCCACACACCACCCUUACUGCCUAUGCCCCGAGACCUGAUUGUAUUCCUACCAAGCGACGAUCCAAAGACAUUCAAGAUAGCCUUUCAUGCCCAGCUCCUCAGUGCCGCGAGUGAUAUGUGGAUCAUUUUCAAAGACAUCUUGGAAAGAUUCUACGGCCCUCAUUAUCAUGGUACCACGCUCGAGUCAACGUUGAGAUUCGCAGAAGGAACAUACCACCGUCUACUCUGCUGGUCUGGUGCACUCUCUUUGGACAUGGCAAGAGGUGAAGAAACUAACCACAGCGUCAUGCUGUUACACGUCUACUUCCACGCCGUGGUGACUGAUCUAUUCCGACCAUUCCUUGCCACCGAAUACAAAUCACAGCGCCUCUACUCCUUCAGUACACACUAUGCCACUCCCGAAGCAGUCUAUGCGUCGUCCGUCACACAGCUAAAGCGACUGCUUCUGCUAUACCGCCUGCGCUACAAGAGCGCGAACUACUCGGUCCUAUGGCAGACUGCAGUCGUCUACGUCGCCAACGCCAUGAUCUCCGAAGGAGGAAUGACACUCCGGGCAGACGGCCAACCCGGUAACGAGUGGAAAUUCUACCUGGAUGUCUGCCUCGCAGGCCUAGAGGACUUAUACGCCUCGUUCCCAGUUUUCGGGUCAAUCGCCCAGGGCAUGGUUGGAAUGGCGCUGCGGCACUCGGCCAUACGAACGAACAAGGCUACCAGCGUCUUGACACAGCUCGAUGAGAUUGAGAGACGGCACGCAUCUAUCAAGGGCAUGACCGACAAGACUGAGGCGCGGUGGAUUAUCGACCUGGACCUUGCGACGACUGAUUUUGAGGGAGCGCAAGCUCGCAACCUGGUCGAAGAGCUUCAAAAGUUGAUGGUUGAGCAGACUGAGUCUGGGCAUGCGGGCGAAGAUGGCCAACCCUGA